AUGUCAUCGACGUCCGGGCAGGAACGAAAGCGUGUGGUCCAUGCAGCAGCUUAUCUGGCAGCUUUCUCGUCCAGAUCAGAUCUGUCAACUACCACAACCUCCUCAUCCACUGUAUCGCCACAAGAAACCACCACCACUGUUGUCACCGCUGCUUCCUUAAUCCCAGCCGAAAACCAACCUGCUAGCUCCACUGCUCAGUUCCAUGACAACUCCAGUGUCGGCCUUGCCUCUCCUCCCUCCUUGGGCCUUGGGAAAAUCACCGCACCGCAGAAUGACUCUUGGGAGCCGUGGUUCGCCAAAGACACACCUCAGGAACUGUCGCUCCACGAUCGUGUUGUUGGCGGGGGACUGCUGCGCGAAUCGGUGUUUCCGGACUGGAAAAAUGGCACAUCCGGCGGCGGGUAUGAGAAUACGGACGAAUUGCAAAAGCAGGAUCCACUCGCGACUCAGAUAUGGAAACUUUACAGCCGCACAAAGUCCCAAUUGCCUAACCAGGAGCGCGUGGAAAAUCUGACCUGGCGCAUGAUGGCGAUGAACUUGAGGAAGAAGAGGGAGCGUGAUGAAGCAAAUAUGUCUGAAAAGACACGCAACUUGGAUGACUCGAAACCUCCGCAAGAGGACAAACAAAUAUUAAAAUCUGCUGCUGGCCCCAGCGGCAUAGCGAGGCUUCGACAGUCUAUCGAUGGGAAUUGCACUUUUGCUGAAUCAGAACCAAUGAAUAUUGACGACUUCACGGCGCCAUCGCCCAUAGAUUCCGCUUCCGGUUUGUCCCCGCCCUCUCCUGCAGGGGCGGCGAGGUCAAGUCAUGCAGUAGCAUCCGCUAUCCCGAUCAAAACAUGUAAAUCCCAGCAAAGCCCUAUUUCAGACAACCUCAUACCUGCUUCAUUUCCCCACCCACCUCAACAUCAUCGACGGAAUGAUGAAUUUGGGUAUGUGCAGCGCCGUGUUCGCAAAACUAGUGUUGACGAGAGAAACACACGGAAACGACCCGCUGAAGCAUCUCCUCAGGUGCCUCCCAUUACCGGUCUCAUUAUACCCCACGAACCGGAUUUUGAUGCUCAUAUGGCUGACUACACUCUCGAUCAACAUCACUCGGCCUAUCCACUUAACUACCACACUUCUCUAGCCAUCCCUUACAGCUUAGAAACAUUUCAGCCCCGUGACAAUUCGAUUAUUCCCUCCACAAGUCCUUUCCAACAACAUUACCCAUUCUCCCCCUCUGACUCUCCAUUGGUCGCUAGCGGGCCUUUCCAAUGUGUUUAUUCGCAUACUCCAAUGGGUUCGUCCCUCAACUCAACCGACUUCUAUUCGCCACCGCAGUCUGGAUAUCAAUCUACCGCCUCAACGCCGCAACCAGUCUUUGAUAACGAACGUAUGAUGUAUUUAGAGCAAAAUCAGAUCGACCUCAGAACAAACCGUUCGAUAACGAGCUUUCGCGGAUCCUCAGCCUUUACCGGAUCCUCGCAGUCUAGCCAUAUCUAUCACACUACCAAUGAGUCUAUUUUCAACGCAAUUAGAACCUCUGACCACUCGAACCUUUCAUCGCCAAGCUUCCCAAUGCAGCACCAGCCUCUGGAUCCUACAGGGGUCCUACCGAGUGGUGACUUCUCAUCUGGUCCAUUGGGGCAGCCCAGAAACUUAACAAGCGUCAUAAACAUGUUUACAUUUGGUGCGGACUCUGAUAAUGAGGAGGAUGGGAAUCCGUUCCCCGACCGAUCCAUGGCAAUUCAGCCCGAUUGUGGUGCUGUUGACGAUACCGCCAUUGAUCCUAAUAAUUCGAGCUCGCAGUGGGAGUCGCCUAUGACUAAACAGUUUAACUCCAUGCCAAACAGCUUCCAAGGCCAUAGAAAACAUGUCACAAUCGGGGGAACAGAGAUUGCAGAUUCCGAGCGCGACUGGGCCAGUGGAAGUUUGGCUCGCACUCACGGUUCUGCAGCCUCAGUGAGUGAAAUCCGUAACAGAGACCAUGAUCCAAGAAGGCAAAAGAUCCCUCGGACAAUUUCAACUCCCAACACGGCUCAGCUCCUCCACCAAGGCAUCAGCAGUCAACCCCAUACUACUCCGAAUUCUCCUCCAAGAUCGGGAUUCAGUAGCGCAGCCCCUUCGAGGCCUGCAAGCCCAGGGCCCAUCAAACAGAAUGAGCCGUCUGGUGUACCCACCACCUGUACGAACUGCUUCACGCAGACAACACCCUUAUGGCGAAGAAACCCUGAGGGGCAGCCCUUGUGCAAUGCUUGCGGCUUAUUUCUAAAGCUACAUGGUGUUGUCCGCCCAUUGUCACUGAAAACAGAUAUCAUAAAAAAGCGCAACCGAGGAAGCGGCAAUAAUCUCCCAGUUGGUGUUGCAUCAGCGCGUUCCGCCAAAAAAGUGUCACGGAAGACCUCCGUACAACAAGCACCGUCAGCAACGGCCAUGCUCAGUAGAAGUCCUGGUGAAUCGGAUCACUCCCCUUCUACGGCAGCGCCUAAUAGUGGUUUAACACCAGCAUGUGCUCCUUCAAGCUACUCGGGGUUGACGAAGACCGGUGUUGUGCCUAUCGCUGCGGCACCCCCAAAGACGACGUCAACUUCGUUAGCUACCAGCCUCGCCCAGGUACGAGCACCCGUCCAGGUUACAUCCAAGCGUACUCGCCGAUUAGAUAAAGCACCUGCUGGAUUCCAGGGCUCCCAGGAAGCAGAAAUGCGUAAUGCGACAGACAGAGUUAGCAAACCGUUGACCCCAUUAAACAAACCGAAACCCGGUGCUCCGCUUGCGACCCAGCCACCAGCUGCUGCCAACCCCGCCCAUCACAGUCUUGCUGCUGGUGCUCAACAAGGAGGGAGCCAGGAAUGGGAAUGGCUAACUAUGAGUUUGUGAAAGGGCUCGUUUCCACCCAAACCACCGUCUCAGAUUUUAAACUUUAGGUUUUCCACCUCGUUCCCAGAACGAAUUUGGAUACCCCUCACGUGAAACUUCUCGAUUUUGUGAACCUUUACUAUAUUUAGCUGGAAAGUCGUUCGAUCGCGGGUGGCCUUCUCCGACUAGUUGGAUUUUCAUGGACAUGUAUUCUUUCCGCCAUCACAGCAGACUGUUGUGAAAAUAUGAAUAAAUUUAACUUUCUCGACG